AUUCUCAAAUAUUCUAGAAAACUCCAGAAAUGUUGUUGUCUAUCGAUGUUCCAAAGAUUCCUUUUGCACAACAACCAUCUCUUUCGUUAUUAUAAUCACAUCCUAAGUAGUACCAUGUAUUGUUUUAGGAAUGAUAAAAAGAGCACUUCAUAAUCAAAAAAGAAUUUGUUCUCGAAAACAUUUGUUUUUAAAUUGCUUUUUAUACGGUAACGUUUAUAGUACUUGAAAUUAUUUUUUGCUUAAUAAUAAAUGCAUCCAAAAACCCUUUCCAGUUUUGGAGCAAACUCAAUUUAAAAAAUAAAUUAUUCAACACAUUUUAUUAUUUUCUCUUCCGAUAAUUUUAUCACAAAUCGGAAGCAUUGACUUUUAACCACUGAAAUAAUUCGUAUUUUUUGUUUUGGGUGAACAGUAACAGAUGCCGGAAGACAAAAUUAAAAUCCAAUUUCAUAUAUUGAAAUAUGCAAAAAAAAUAAUAAAAGAUAGAUUAUAUCAUGACCUUAAUUAUUAAACCUAACUUAUUAGAUCUCACAGGCCUCUAAAUACAAAAAUUGCGUUUUAAGGCACAAUAAAAUUGACUUGCUUGAGUUUAUAGACUAACCAACGUAAAAAUCCUUGGCCCCCACCCAGUGGACAACUUGACGAUAUUCUACGGUAGUGAUUGUUGCGAAGCACCGGGAAUAAGUUAACGGGGGUUAAAUUUCGACGAUAUAAGGUCAUGUGAAAUACAUCUUUAAUUUAUUCAAUGUUUAAUAUGGUAUCCCUAAGAACUUUUACUAUCUUCAUCCUAGUGUGCAUCAUUGCACUUUCUCAGAUAGCCGUUUCUGACUCUCUUCCUCGAAGUUACGAGAUACUUCCACCCGAAUAUGGUGUCAUACCGGUGCUGCCUCCGCCGGCAAACGAAAAAGGUUGCGAUGUUCAUUGCACGUCUAAAAUGUCAGACGACGAGGAGAUUUACGUGAAGAAAACGAGAACCGUUCACUAUGGUUCACUGGAGGAAACAGAACGCGCCCGGGUCGCAGCAGCAGCAGCAGCUGCUACUGCUGCUGAUGGUUCCGACGAUGAAAAAGAUGGCUCAACACCAAAUGAAAAUUCCUCGGCUGCCGUUGCAGCCGGUAACGUGCACAUUUCCACCGAGUACAUGGACUUGGAGGAGGAAAUGUCGAAAGAUCGGCAGGCUCUCCUGGAAGAAUUCGAGCGCAGAAGGAAAGCCAGACAAAUUAAUGUCUCGACUGACGAUUCUGAGGUGAAGAAGAAUCUGAGACAGUUGGGAGAGCCAAUUUGUUUAUUUGGUGAGGGUCCAGCUGAUAGGCGAACCAGGUUGAGGGAACUUCUGGCCAGUCUUGGCGAAGAUGCUAUUAAAAAGAAACAUGACGAGGAAGAAAAACCGUCGCAAGCGACUGAAAAGGACACGGAAACUUGGUACCAUGAGGGACCUGACUCUUUGCAAAUCGCGCGACAGUGGAUUGCAAUGUACUCGCUUCCAAGAGCAAAAGCAAGACUCGACAAUGCGAGACGAGAGUUGGAACUUCCGGGCGCGACGCGCACAGCUCGACGACAGGAAUUGCUCAAGAAAUUGCAGGCGCUGAGCAUCUACUGUUCCCAGAUUGGAGACACGAGGCCAAUUUCUUACUGCCAGUUCAGUCCGAACUCGAAAGUCCUCGCGACGGCUUCCUGGUCGGGAAAUUGCAAUCUAUGGUCUGUACCCGACUGCACUCUCUUGCGAACCCUCAAAAGUCAUAAUUGUAACGUUGGCUGCAUUGUUUUUCAUCCCAAAGCUACGUUGUCGGAAGACAUUCUCGCUGAAGAGACUGGACAAAUCUGCGUUCUGGCGAGCUGCUCAGUAGACGGUUCUGUAAAAUUAUGGGGAGGUGGGACUGGAGACAAGCCUUUGGCAGAAGUCGAGGGUCAUGAUCAGCGAGUCUCAAGGCUAGCGUUUCAUCCAUCGGGAAGGUUUCUUGGCACUUGUUGCAAUGAUCACUCGUGGAGACUCUGGGAUUUGGAACAGCAAGCCGAGGUUUUACAUCAAGAAGGACAUGCAAAAUGUGUGCAUUGCAUCAGUUUCCAGUGUGACGGAAGUGUGGCAGCAACUGGCGCCCAGGAUUCUUUUGGCAGAGUUUGGGACCUGAGAACCGGUAGGUGUAUAAUGUUUAUGGAGGGUCAUCUCAAGUCGAUUUUCGGCAUAGAUUUCUCGCCGAAUGGCUAUCACAUAGCCACAGGGAGCGAUGACAACACUUGCAAGAUCUGGGAUCUGCGGAAAAGAAGUUGCAUUUACACAAUUCCCGCUCACACGAAUUUGCUCUCUGACGUCAAGUAUCAGAAGGGAGAGGGCCAAUAUCUAGUCACCUGCUCGUACGAUGGCACUGCCAAAAUUUGGUCCAACAAAACUUGGCAGCCUCUCAAAACUUUGCCGGGUCACGACGGAAAGGUGAUGUCCACUGAUGUCUCGCCGGACAAUCAGUUCAUCGCCACCAGUUCAUUCGAUAGGACAUUUAAAUUGUGGGCACCAGAAAACGUCUGAAAGUUUCUUUUAUUUUUAUUAUUAUUAUUUUUUUUGCUUCUGCUCAUGAACAUUUUCUUGGAAAUGGUGUCGCGCGCUUCGGCAAAACCAACCGGAAGUGUGCGUUCGGUAAUGAAAAAUGGUGAAGUCGGGGUUUUAAUGACGGAGGAAUGAUGAGUGAGUUCCGGAAGAUUCUUUUAAUAAAGAUCAAGGGACCUGAAUUGAUGGUAUCUACUGAAAUUUGCGUGUGGGAAUUUUAGAAGGUACUGAAGACUUCGGAGUAUGAGAUAGUGCUCUUGAAUUAAUUGUAAUUAUAAAAUGUGUAGACAGCAUUCCGGAUGCUGUGAUCUUCGAUCGAUUUUUUUUUAUAGAUACUUUAAUCGUUGCAAAGAUAAAUUACUUUUGCAAUAUCUUCGAUGAUAAAAGGAAGCUUGUCAACUGAUUAAAAUAUAAUUUUAUUUUGCAGAGAGUUAAAGAGAAGGGUUUAUUGAAGACUUGCUCUCUAAUUAAAGAAUAUUACAGUAUA